CUCCCAGAUACUGAGCUUUUUGUUCUGCAAUUCAUGUUUCCAUUAGAAAACUGGGCGCAACCGAGUCAACGUGGGAAGGAUAAGAGAGCAGGAGAGCGUACAGGGCAAAGAGGGAGAGAGGCUGCUCGCCAGGGUUCAUCAUGACCGGCUUCUUCACUUCCUCGGUUGGACUCAUCUUCAUUCUGAUUGGCUACGCUGCUGCAGGACCUGAAGCUGAUCUGCUGCCUCAAGUGGUGCGUUCAAGUGCCUGUCAAGAACACAACAGCCUACACACCCGCCUGGAUGUAGUGGAGAAGAAAGUGGAGGACACAGUGGAGAAGUUGGAGGUUGAGCUGGCUACUCUCCUGGAAGCCAUUGAAGCCCCAAAGUGGAGCUCCCUGCUGGACAAUACAGGAACACCAGCGGUGGAUAUCCUGGAAGACCCAGAGUGGAGGUCCUAAAGCGGAACCAUUUAUAUUAAUGUUAUUCCUAUAGUCUAAGACAUUCCGAAAACAAUAUGGUGAACUCUCUAUUAAAUCUAAAAAACGAGAGUUCGAAAAACCUAAAUGUGUGCUGUCGUCAAGUUUAGGCGACUGUUAUAGGUGGUGGGGUCGUCUGAAGGUUUGGGGUUUGAUCCCAGCCUAUACAGUCAACAUGUUGAUGUUUCCUUGGGCUAGAUACUUCCUCCUAUGACCAACUCUGAGUAUCUCUGAAUGUUAGUUUCCUGAAGGUCUUUGAGGGAUCAUAAAGACUGGAGAAGCACCUUAUAAAUGCAAUCCACCUAUAACAUUUACCAUUGUACAAAGUGUGGAACUGCUCAUAAGAAGAUUGCUAUAUUAAAAAAAGAUCUCUCCUUCAUUGUUUAGAGCUGAUUUAGACUAUACUUGAUGACAUCACAAGUUGAAACCUUCUUUUCAGGUGUCUGGCUGUGAGAGGGACUAGCUCAUGUUCACAGUCAUUGAUUUUACUUUCUUAGGUCAUGGAAAUAAUAUGUGAAUGUUUUUACUUUAUGUGUUCCCUUGAAAUAAAUGCAAACUUGUUUGGUGUGUAUUAAUU